AUGCCCAAGUUUGUCGAAUGCAUUCACUCUUCCACAACUAGUCAGAAAAUGACGUAUGAAGUGGAACUCCGACGGUCCACCCGGCGAUCGCUUGCUGCCCUAGAAAGAGAGCAUCGCCAACUAAUUUAUCGCCGCCUCUCGGCAGAUAAUGACAAUGAGUGUCAUGUGGGUGUGAAAAUGUUCCCCGAGAAAGGGCGUGGAGUUGUGGCCCUCAGAGACUUUGAAAAGGGUCAAUUUGUUCUGGAGUACGCGGGGGAAUUGAUCAAUAUCGCACGUGCCAAAGAGAGGGAAAGGAAGUAUUCCCUGGACCCAAGUACGGGUUGUUACAUGUACUAUUUCAAUUACAACGACCUUAAUUACUGCAUUGAUGCCACCAAACAAUCCAAUCGGCCCAGCCGAUUGGUUAAUCAUUCGCGAAUCCAACCCAAUCUUCAAACCAAACUAAUCACCUUCCAAGGCCAACCAAGGUUGAUCCUCUUAGCUCGUGUGAAGAUAAAAAGAGGAUCAGAACUCCUGUUUGACUACGGAGAUCGCUCUAAAUCAAGCAUUGCGGCCCAUCCAUGGCUGGCUCAAUAG